CUGAUUCCCACUAAUUAAUCCACUGGCGACUUUAAAGUAACACCGUUGAAAUCCAACCCCUCUUCCCAGCUGUUCAUAGCUGUCCAAUCCCUCCUCAUCCCCAUGUGACCCCACUGCACAAACACAUAGAUACAGAUACCCCAGAGAUUUUAUUUUUUGAUUUUAGAUAGACCCCAAAACAAAACCAUUAUUUAUUUAUUUAUUUUUUACACAUUUUCUCUUUUCAAAAGAAAAAGAAAUUAUCAAGAAAGUUUAUGAUUAUGUUGUUUCUGUUCGUGUGCCUUUCUUACCUCUAACAACAUUCCCCUGUGGUUGCUGGGAACAUACAUACAUAUAUAUAAACAUGCAUUUAUGAUAGGGCUAAAGCUAAUAUAUGUUAGAGGCUCAUUGCUUUCAUUUCUUCUAUACAUAUAUGUGUUAGGAACAUGUACUAUUGCAACGAACAAUAUUAACAAUAACAUUAACAUCCGAGGUUUGCAACGAUUCCUGAUUUGGUGAGUCACAAAUGGCGCAAUUACCUCCCAAGAUCCCUAACAUGUCGCCAAGUUGGCCAGAUUUGAAGAUGCCAUUGCCACCACCCCUUAACACCACAAAUUAUCAUCAGCACAAUAAUCAAAACCCUUCUUGGGUGGACGAGUUCCUCGACUUCUCCUCCGCCCGGCGCGGCGCUCACCGGCGGUCGGUGAGUGACUCCAUCAUGGACUCGCCGGUGAAGUGUCACGACGACAACAACAAUGAGAAUGCGUUUGACAAGUUUGAUGAUGAACAAUUGAUGUCCAUGUUUUCUGACGAAGUGGAACUCUCCGGGGUCCCCAUGCCACCACCAACCACCUUGUCCUCCUCUAACCCUUCUAGCCCCUCCGAUCAAAACUUCUUCUAUGAUGAGAAAGAGAGCAACCACCAGAAGAAGGUGCAGGAGGAGGAAGAGAAGCACCAUCAUCACCAUUAUCAAUUCAAAAGUGAAGCAGAUGAGGUUGAAAGCCAAUGCAAACAGGAAAAUAUGCAGCCUCCUAAUGACACCAAUACUUGUUCUUCCAAUGAGAGAAUUACUGACCCCAAGAGAGUCAAAAGAAUCUUGGCUAAUAGACAAUCUGCACAAAGAUCGCGAGUGAGGAAGUUGCAAUACAUAUCAGAGCUUGAGCGAAGUGUAACUUCAUUACAGGCCGAAGUAUCAGUGCUGUCUCCAAGGGUUGCAUUUUUAGAUCAUCAACGCUUGCUUCUAAAUGUCGACAACAGUGCUCUCAAGCAAAGAAUCGCUGCCCUUGCUCAAGACAAAAUCUUUAAAGAUGCUCAUCAAGAAGCACUGAAGAGGGAGAUAGAGAGACUGAGGCGAGUUUAUCACCAACAGAACCUGACGAAGAUGGAAAAUGCUGCAGGAUCACCAUUACCAUCUCCAUCACCAAAGCCUAUAUGUGAUGUUCAAACAGAAAAGGAAGUACAAAUCCUCAAUUUUGAAGAUUAAUUAAUUAAUCAAUCAAUCAAUUACACUAUAGCAUGAUGCAGCUGUAGCUACGUACGUACUAUCCAUUUUACAUGACACUGUGAUUGAUUUUUUAUUAUAAAAAAGAAAUUGCAGAAUUUUGGAUAAGAGAUGGUGGGAGAUCGAAAGGAAAGGGUGUGAUGUAUUGAAUGGUGUCACGGACGUAUUGUUGGGUGGGGAAAUUUUUUAUUAGUCAAUGAAUGAAGGAAAUAUAUAUGGACAAAAGGCAGUUAUUUAGAAAUAGUUGAUAAUUUUUAAUCAAAAUUAAAAUUUUAUUUCAAUAUAAUAUAUAUUUACAUUUAAAGUAAAUUUUAAUUAUAUAUAUUUACGUAUGUUGUUGAGAUAAAAUUUUUAUUUUGAUCACAGAAUAAUAUCAACUAUGCUUAAACAACUGCAGCUAAAUUUUUGUGUAAUAUAUAUAUAUAUAUCGUGUGAGGAGAGUGACGUUGUGAAUGGUGGUAGGGUUCUUCUGCUAUGAAACUGAGCAGGCACGUGAUGUGUUGUUACUUUAAAAGGAGGGGACCACUGGAAGGUUGCAUGAUUAGAAUGUAGGGGAUCCACAUGUGCAUGCAGCAGUGGCAUCAAAAGAGAGGGUGGUAGAAACAGUUGUGUCUGUCUGCUUUAACUUGAUAGAUAUAUAGAUAGGAGUGGAGUUGGUGGUAUAUGUUCAUGAUUCUUUCACUCCUAUAUUUGCUGUCUUUGAUUCUUUCUAUUUUGCUUCAUGUUUUUCAAUUCUUGUUGGAAAACAAACAUAAGUGGAUACAUAUGAAAGGAAGGUUUGUCAGUGAAGUCCUGGGUUUUAUGGUUUGAUUGGAUGUACUUUGUAUUAUGUAAUCAUUUUUAUUUGACAUUAUUAAUUAAAAAAGCCCAAAUGUAAAUGUAAAUAGUCACUUGACUCAGUUUUCUCUGUAUAUAAUGUAGUUUUAACUACUGUUUCA